AUGUCUCUGUUAUCGCUCCCGGAUGAGCUUCUUGUUGAGAUUUCCAAGGGACUUUCUGCCUUUCCUUUCCCCUUAGGACGGCCCAUGGUGGAGCUGCAUCCUACCCUGCGAGCUCUGUGCGCAACCAAUCAGCGUCUACGUGCACUUUUCAUGCAUGAGUUUUACGCGACGGUCGUGUUCAAUUUGGAACGAAAGGCUCUCCGAACGAAUUUGCAGCGGGUGGACGGUUUCCUGCGAGUUAUGAAGACCAGAGGAGCUUCACAGUCUAUCAGAACCAUCCGCCUCAGAGAUUCUGAGGCGCUACCCAUACGAUGGCCGCAACGUCUUCCCUUUGGUACAUCCAUGAUGAUGGAUAUGUCUGACGAAGAGAAUGCGCUGCUGCACCGAAUUCUACAGGUUAUCCUCUCCUCAGCCACCAACUUGAUCACCCUAGAUAUGCCUCAGAUCGACGCUCCUCUCACACGCGCAGUCAUCAAAGCGAUCAACUCCCACACUUACCUUCGAGAAAUCAUCUUUGAUGACGUACAACAAUUAUUCUCGCUCCCCCUUACCUUCUUAUCCUCGGCAUCUCUUUCUCGCCUUCAUUUUCGCAAGGGAAAUCUCACGGACGAACUGGACACGCCGCACACACUCCCCGCACUCCAAGUGGUUCUUGCUCGCGACUCUGAGGGACCCCACAUUUACAAUCUCUACAUUGAAGAGCUGUGCUCUUCGGCCUGGACGAGUCUCACAAUCAAGGACUUGCGUACGUUACGCGUAGAGUGGUCGAACAGCGAUCUCUCACCAUCGUGCGGCGCGUUCUUUGAUCGCCACACUCAGCUCAACGACAUCCACCUCAGUGGCACUGGAUUGCGCGACAUUCGCGCGAUCGAGAGAGCUCCUCUUUUAUCCUCGCUCUACGAAGCGGGGGCUAGGCAGGGUUUAUUGGAUUCGUUCCGGGUAGACAGCGUGCAUGUCGGCAACCGCGAUGAUGGCCUUUUGGAGCCACAGCUUUGUGUACGCGAAGCAAAGAUACGAAUAAUGAAGGGGCGUGCAGAUGUUGUGGCUUUCUUGUUGGAGAAUCUGCCUUUCUCCAAAAACCUGCACCUCGUAUGCGACAGGGAUGCGAAUUUUGUACCCAUGUCCGUUCUAUGGGAGGCGUUUCUCUCUUCCUCUUCUAAACUCCAAUACCUCCGCGAUCUCUCGAUCACGAAGUUCCCUCUCUGGGACGACCCGAAUCAGGUCCCUCGACUCCACCUUCCCCCCGUCUCACCAAGAUCAGGAAGGUCCUCCGACCAGGACGAUUACAAGCACGCGCCGGAGCUCGAUGAGCUUGGCAAAACCAUUCAGGGUGAAUAUAUCGAGGCGUUGGCGGAUCGAUGCCCGUCUUUGUCGAUGGUAUGCAUCAGGGGUCCAGAGAUGGAGGUCGUAUUCAACCUGAAGCGCAAAGAUAUUCGAACGGAUUUGGAGUGCGUACGGUCGUCUCUGCGAAUCAUGACUGCUCGAGGCACUUCAGGGUUUAUUAGGACGAUCCACCUCAAUGACGCUGAGGCACUUCCUAUACGGGUCCCAAGAUACCUUGAUUUCAGAGGCAGACCCGCCGUAGGGAAAGGGAUGUCUGCGGAGGAGAUUGCGCUGCUGUACCAGAUCUUACAGCUUAUCCUUUCUUCGGCCUCCGACUUGGUCACUCUGGACAUGUCUGAAACAGGUGCUGCUCUCACACUCGAGAUCGUCAGUGCGAUCAACUCUCACAGUCACCUCCGAAAGGUCAUCCUUGAGGACUUGCAGCAAUUAUACUCGCCUCCUCUUGCCUUCUUAUACUCGACGUCUCUCUCUCGCUUUCAUUUUCGCACAGGGGAUCUCACAGAUGAGCCGUACACGCCACACACCCACACUACCCUCCAAAAUAUUCUCAGCCGUGAAUCCGAUGGCCCUCAUAUCUACGAGCUCACCCUUUGGGAAUCGUAUUCUCCUGCUUGGACAAGCUUUACGAUCAAGGGCUUGCGUACGCUACACGUUAUAUGGUCAGACAGCGACCUCGCCCCGUCAUGCGGCGCUUUCUUUGAUCGCCACCCUCUGCUGAGCGACAUCCACCUCAGUGGUACUGGAUUGCGCGACAUCCACGCAAUUGAGAGAGUUCCUCUCUUAUCCUCGCUCUACGAAGCGGCACGCAGGCAGGGUUUGUUGGACACGUUCUGGAUGAACCGAGUACAUGUGCUCAACGGAUAUCUCGACCAAUCGGAGCCAGAGCCCCAUCUACGCAAAGUCAGUAUACGGAUAUCAAAGAGACUUGCGGAGGUUGUGGGUUUCUUGCUGGAGACUCUGCCUGUCUUCGAAGAACUACACCUCGCAUGCGAUGCGGAUAUUCGGGAGCAGAGAAACUUUGUAUCCGUGUCCGACCUGUUCGAGAUGAUCCUGCCCAUCUCAUCUAACCUUCGACACCUCCGUCGCUUGUCACUGAACAAGUUCCCCCUCCUGGACGACCCAUUGAAUCGAGCUGAGCGCUCGUCGGAGCUCCUUGAGCUUGGAGAAUUUAUUAAAAACAAGUAUGUCGAGGUGUUGGCGGAUCAGUGUCCGUCAUUAUCGAGGGUAUGCGUGAAGCCACUGGAGAUGGAGGGUGGUAGCAUGGUAUUUGACUUUGUGGUCAAGAGGGACAUGAUGGGCAGUCGUGUUGAGAAGGUUUAUAUGAGGAUCCGUGGGAUGCCGUUUUUCGGUGAACGAGGAUAG